UCAAGGGGGUCUCAGGGCCAUAUAGACCAGGUCGGGGGGGGUGUGGGUUGUCCAGGGCCGUAUAGGCCAGGGUGGGGGCCAUAUAGACCACGUCAAGAGGGUCUCAGGGCCAUAUAGACCAACCUAGGACCAUACGUUCCCAGGACCAUAUAGCCCGGGCGCCCGGUGCCAGCGCCCUCUACCCCCCCCCUCCCCAGGGCCACGCGGACCCCGACGGUCAAUACCAAAACCAUCUGGACCCGGAGGGGCAAUACCCGCCCUGCGCCGACCCCGACCUCCCCUACGCGCCCCAUACGGACCGCGACGGGCCGUACCCGCCCCAUACGGACCGGGACCUCCCCUACCAGGGGCACGUAGAUCGCGACGGGCAAUAUACCAGCCGUACGGACCACGACGGGCAAUAUCAACCCCACCUGGAUCGCGACGGGCAGUACCAGGAGCACCUGGACCGCGACGGGCAGUACCAGGAGCACUUGGAUCGCGACGGGCAAUACGUUGGACGUACGGACCGGGAUAGACCCUACGCGGCUCAUAUGGAUCGCGACGGGCAAUACGAGGCGUUAACGGACCGCGACGGGCCGUAUCCCAACCGUCCCGAUCACGAUAGGUCCUACCAGAGCCGUAAAGAUCGCGACAGACCUUACCAGGCUCGUACGGAACGGGACGGGCAAUAUACGAGCCGUACGGAACGGGAUGGGCAAUAUACGGGUCGUAUGGACCGGGACGGGCAGUAUCACGGCUGCUUGGAGCGGGAUCUCCAGUAUCAGCCCCAUUUGGAUCGCGACGGGCAAUAUCCGAGCCGUAUGGACCGCGACGGGCAAUACCCGAGCCAUACGGACCGGGACGGGCAAUACCCGAGCCGUAUGGACCGCGACGGGCAAUAUACGAGCCAUACGGACCGAGACGGGCAAUAUCCCAGCCGUACGGAUCGGGACGGGCAAUAUCCGAACCGUACGGACCGGGACGGGCAAUAUCCGAGCCAUACGGACCGGGACGGUCAAUACACGAACCGUAUGGACCGGGACGGGCAGUAUCCGAACCGUAUGGAUCAAGACGGUCAAUAUCCGAACCGUAUAGACCGGGAUGGGCAAUACCACGUCGACCGUGAGCUGCAGUACCGAAAUCGGGACGGUCGUUAUCCCUCUUGUAUGGACCGGGAAGGAUCGUACCCCGCUCCUUGUUCCAGGGAUCAUUGCGGCGGCGGCGUUUCCCACCGGGAUUGGGAACGGGAUUGGCCGCGGGGGCCGUCGCUCAGUCGCGGCCCCUCCCGUAGUUCCAGCCCCGGGGGGGGAGGACACAGCACCAGCGCCAGCACCAGCCCCGCCACCACCCUCCAACGCAAGUCGGACCGCGACAGCUCGAGGACGGUGAGCGUGGACGGCGAGGCGCCGGGCAGUGAGGGUGGGGGUCCGGUGCCCGACAGUCCCGGGCGACCCCCCCCGUACCGUGGCCUCCCUCAACCGACCCCCCAGGGACCGGGGGGAUCUGGGGGGGGCCCCGGGGGGGGCUCCCCGGGGUUGGCCUGGCCCCGGCUGCCACCCCAGCCCGCCAGCGUGGCCCUACGCAAGCAGGAGGAGGAGGAGGAGAGCAAGAGGCCGAAGGCUCUGAGCGACAGCUACGAGCUCUCCACUGACCUGCAGGACAAGAAGGUGGAGAUGCUGGAACGCAAAUAUGGCGGUUACUUCCGCACGCGCCGCGCCGCCCGCACCAUCCAGGCCGCUUUCCGCCGCUACCGCAUGGCCCAGAAGUUCGAGCGGCUGCGCAGCGAGGGGGGACGCGCCCGUCGCCUGGCCCUCCCCGGCCUCCGCCUCCAAUUCUCCUUCGAGGAAUACGACCGCGGACCCCCCGCCCCGGUUCCGGGUCCCCCCCCGCCUCCCCCCCCUUAUUUCCAAGGCAAACCCGCCUCGCUGGACGAGGGGGUGUUGGGGGGACCCCGAAGGGCGCCUCGAUACGGGGGGUCUUGUAGGGCGGGCUUAGAUGGGGGGAGCGGUCCCGGAGAAGGGACGACGGCGGUGGGGGGACCCGGGGCGGGGGGCGCGGGCAGCCCCCCCCGGCAGCUCUCGGCCUCCGCUGACUUCGGGCCGGGCGGCGCCGAUCUGGAGGAGGCCUUUGCGCAGCAGGUGAAGUCCUUGGCCGCCUCCAUCGACGAGGCGCUGGGGGGCGGCCGGGGGGUCCCCCCCGGCGCCCCGGCCCCCCCCGCGGGCGACAGCGCCGCCACGUCCGCCAGCGACGUCACCCUCUACCUGGACGAGGGGCUCCCCGGUUCCCCCCGCUCCCCCGACCGCCCCCCCAGCCCCGAACCUCCCCCCGAAACCGGGGGUCCCCCACCUCCCCCAGCUCCCCCACCCCCUCCGCCUCCCCCCUCCAACCCCCCCGGCCCUUCCGAACGUUGGGGGGGUCCCGAGGAACCCCCUCGCCGUGGUCCCCCCUGCCUGGAAUGUCGGGGCCGCGGCGGCGGUGGCGGGGGGGGCGGGGGGGGGCACCCCCCUUUGCUGACGGUCGAGCCCCCCAGUGACAGCUCGGCCGACCUCAGCGACCGUUCCGACCGCGGUUCCCUCAACCGGGGGGGUCCCUACGAACCCGAAGGAGCCGGGGGGGGCACGUUACCCCGUAGCGGCCCCCCUCAUCGUUGCUUCCACCCUGAACCCCCCACCGUAACCCCCGCCGGUCCCCCGCCGCCCCCCCCCACCGCCGCCGCCGCCGCCGAGGAGGGCUCCGAUGGGGACAACGAGAGUUUGGGGAGCAGCUCCAAUUCCAACGAGACCCUCAACUGCUCCUCGGGUUCUUCAUCCCGGGACAGCCUACGGAGACCCCCCCCGCCGCCGCCACCGCCUCCCGUCGCCCCCCCGCAACCCCCCGGUUCUUCCGGCCCCCCCAGCAAAGCCACGUACCAAAGGGAACCGCGGCAGAGCUGGGACUCGCCGGCGCUCAACAACGACGUGGUGCAGCGCCGGCAGUAUCGCAUCGGUCUCAACCUCUUCAACAAAAAGCCGGAGAAGGGGAUCCAGUACCUGAUCGAGAGGGGCUUCCUCUCGGACACCCCGGUGGGGGUGGCCCACUUCAUCCUGGAGAGGAAGGGGUUGAGCCGGCAGAUGAUCGGCGAGUUUCUCGGCAAUCGCCAGAAGCAAUUCAACCGCGACGUCCUCGACUGCGUGGUGGACGAGAUGGACUUCUCUGGGAUGGAGCUGGACGAGGCCCUGCGCAAGUUCCAGUCCCACAUUCGGGUGCAGGGGGAGGCCCAGAAGGUCGAGCGUUUGAUUGAGGCCUUCAGCCAGCGCUACUGCGUGUGUAACGCGGCCCUGCUGCGCCAGUUCCGCAACCCGGACACCAUCUUCAUCCUGGCCUUCGCCAUCAUCCUCCUCAACACCGACAUGUACAGCCCCAGCGUCAAGGCCGAGCGCAAGAUGAAGCUGGAGGACUUCAUCAAGAACCUCCGAGGGGUGGACAACGGGGAGGACAUCCCUCGGGACAUGCUGGUGGGCAUCUACCAGCGCAUCCAGAGCCGGGAGCUGCGCACCAACGACGACCACGUCUCCCAGGUCCAGGCCGUCGAGCGCAUGAUCGUCGGCAAGAAGCCGGUGCUAUCCCUGCCCCACCGACGCCUGGUGUGCUGUUGCCAACUCUACGAGGUCCCUGACCCCAACCGGCCCCAACGCCUGGGGCUGCAUCAGCGCGAGGUCUUCCUCUUCAAUGACCUGCUGGUGGUGACGAAGAUCUUCCAGAAGAAGAAGAUCCUGGUGACCUACAGCUUCCGCCAGAGCUUCCCCCUCGUUGAGAUGCACAUGCAGCUCUUCCAGAACGCCUAUUACCAGUUUGGGAUCAAGCUGCUGUCGGCGGCGCCGGGAGGGGAGAGGAAGGUCCUCAUCGUCUUCAACGCCCCGAGCCCGCAGGACCGGCUGCGUUUCGCCAGCGACCUCCGCGAGUCCGUGGCCGAGGUGCAGGAGAUGGAGAAGUACCGCGUGGAGGCGGAGCUGGAGAAGCAGAAGGGGGUGUCGGGGGCGCGGGGGGGGGGGCCCCCCCGUGAGGCUCUGAACGGCCUCAGCCGCAGCAGCCUGGAGGAGGCGUUCGGGCCGGGCGAGGGGCUCAAGCGCAGCGCCCUGAGCAGCUCCCUGCGGGACCUCUCCGACAGCGGCAAGCGGGGGCGGCGCAACAGCGUGGGGUCCCUCGACAGCACCAUCGAGGGCUCCAUUAUCAGCAGCCCCCGACCGCAGGCGCGGGGCCCUCCUGGGGGGCCGGGGGGGGUCCCCGAGGGUUAUAAACCACCCCCCCGCCCCGUCUCCAAUUCCUCGUCCUUCCUGGGCUCCCUUUUCGGCAGUCGACGGGGUAAAGGUCCAGCCGGACCCCCAGCCGGAGCCGGGGGUCCCACUUCGGCUUCGGCCUCCUCUUCCUCGGCUUCAUCAUCCCAUCACCAUCAUCCUCCCCCCGCGCCCCCCCCGGCCCCCGAGGGUCCCUCCAAGCUUCAGGCGCUGCACGCUCAGUACUGCCACGGGGCCGGGGGGGCGGCGGCGGCGGCAGUGGUGGGAGGGGGACCCGGCCCCCCUCCGCCACCCCCUUACCCGCAGCAACCCCCCCCUCCGGCUCGUCCCGCGCCCCCCCCGCCGCUGCCCGCCAUCGCCGCCGGAGCCCCCCCUCGCUUCCAUGGGGGACCCCAACCCCCGUUGUCGGCACCCCCACAGCAACACGGCCCCCCCGGUGGGGGGUUCCCCCCACCGCACCCUCAUUACACCUUACACCGGCCGGGAAAAAGAGGGGGUGCCCCCCCCGGACCCCCCCGCCAGCCUCUCUCCCCCUUACCCCUCUACAGCCCCGCGCCCCCCCAUCACGGCCUGCCCCACGUUUACCCCCCUGGCCCCCCCCCGCACCAUCACCCCCCGCCACCCCCCGCCCCUGCCGCCGCCAAGCAUUUCGUUUUCGGUGGGGGUGGCGUCGGGGGGGGCCCGACCGCGGGGGCCCUCCGAGGAGGGGGCGGCGGCGGCGGCGGGGCUGCCCCCCCACCCCAUCACCACCAUCAUCAUCAUCAUCACCACCACCCGCCCCCCCACUCCCCCAUUCCCCCCCACCCUUCUUACCCCCCUCUGCCCCCCCCCUCGCCCCACACCCCCCUCAGCCCCCACUCCCCUGCGGGCCCCACCUCGCCCCUGGCCCAAGCCAGCCAGGGCCCCCCCAAACCCAAGGGGGGGAACCGCAUCAGCACCGUGGUCUGACCUCCCCCCCCCCCCGAGCCCGGCAGAGGACAGACACAACUCGUUUCAGCGAUGGACGGCGCCGGCAUGGUUAUUUUUGUAAAAUCCCCCCCCCCCCCAAAGAAAAAAACCACCCCACCCUGCACGUGGCUCGUGUUUGGCUGCUCACGCCUCACCCCCGGCGGGGCGCGGGGGGCACCCGGAUCCCUUGGGGUUUCCCCCCCCCCCCCACCGCCCCUCACCCCCAUCCCAGGGGUCCGGCGUCGAGGCUGCCCCCCCCCCUCCCACCCCCCCCCGGCUCAGGCUGAAUGUCACAUGGCACUUUAACCUCCCCCCCCCUUCCUCCCACCCCGCACGCCUGCGUCCCCUCCGAG